AUGCAAAAACCAACUAAUUUAACUAUCUCUAUUUAUUCUAAUUCUACUAAUAAUAGUAAGGCUAAUUUACAGAAAACUGUUCAAACCUUGUUAGUAUUACUAAAUACUUUAAAUUCAGCAGAAGGUAGUAAACAAAUAUGUAAUGAGGCUUCAGAGUUAGGCACAAUUGAUGAAGUAUUGAUCUCUAACUUGGAUGUUAAUAUAGAAAAUAAUCAAGAAGGACAAGACCAAAACAAACAAACUGAGCAUAAGCAAGCUGAAUUUAAUUUAAUUACUACAUCACAAAGAGUUGAACAAACUGAUAAACAUACUCUAAGAGAAUCAUUAAAAGCAAAAAAAUUAUCUCAAAUUUCUUCUUUGGUUCUUCCUUAUUCUAUAGUGGCAGAUAUAAGAGAUCAGCCUGCCAACAUUACUUUUGCUACAGCUCUAUAUUAUAAUGCUAAGGUUCAAGGUCAGAUCAUCCUGUUAAUUGUUAAUAGUAGGUCAUCAGAGAGUGUUAUAUCAUCUCAUUUACUAAAUGAUCUUGUAGAAAUCCUUAUUGAUGUAAUUGUAACAAAUGCUAGUUUGUAUUGUGUGAUAGUAGAAAUAACUGUUACUGUUAAAUUUAGGAAGUUGAAUAAGACACCAUUAAAUGAAAGACAUAAAGUAGUAGUUAAGAAGGUUGGCAGUAAAAGUAGGAAUAGUAGUUCUAAUAAUAAUUAUAAGGAUGAGGAACUUGAGGAACAAUUAUUUGCUUAUUUUGAAUAUGAAAACAAGAAAGAA